AUGCAUUCAAGAUUAAAUUGUGUUUCUUACAUUUUGUCCUGGAAAAUCUGUUCAAACUAUUUUACUUUUUGCUUCACAGGAAGUAUGACUGAUUUGGUUGGACUUGGCGGUCUAUCCAACGUAGUGCCCCAUACUUUUACCAACCCGGAACCCUCAUCCAAAGCAUACAGGAGAAGUUCAAGGGCUAGAAACAUUUCAACUGUGAUUGUUUCGGAAAGAGCAUGCUCUUCUCCUCAAAAUAAAUGCCAGACUGCUACAGCUGUUAAUUUAUUAUCAAUGGAUGGAAAUGAUGAAUCAGAAUCAACCACAAAGAAAUCAUCUGAAUUACUGGAUAGUCCUAUUGCUCCCAUUUUGGCAUCAAAGAAACUUCACCAAAAACUACUGCAGAAGACACCAAGCAACCAGCCUCCAACCGUGCACUGCUCCAGUGUUCUCCCCGCUGAUAACUGUACCUCACCUGUCAAAGACAAAAGUACAAGAAACAACACUGAUCUGGUUGAAGCGAGUGCUCCAUCCAACAAAGGUGAUACUCCAACAAUUCCAACGACCACUGAUCUCUCAGCCACACCAAGGAGAAGGAGAAGUUCAAGAAAGAGAACCACCAUGUCAAGCAGUGUGGACUUAAUAUCUGAUUCUGAUGAGAGUCUUUUUCAUGGAGGAACGUCAGAGGAUAGUUUCAAAGUAGACAACCCUUCCAGCUCCAGCAGUGACAGCACCAAUAGUGAUUGUUCUUCCCAUUCUGUCCAUGACGUUCUCAACAGAAAAACUCAUUCUUCUAAAAGCCGUAAUCUGGAAAUCGCUGAAAUGGAUGACUCUGACGAUGAGAGGCCCACUGUUCCACAGAAAAAGAUCAGGAAGAGGAGGAAGGGUGCAAAAUGCAGCAGGGAAGAAAGAUCUAGGAAAAAAUACUUAAGGAAUUCCGGUCAAGAGUACGAGAAACAUGAUCCAAAUUCUAAGACACCAGUACGUGCUGCUCGGCAAAGGAAGCCACCUCACACCUGUAAGACGAACUACUGCCAGGAUAUAAUUACUGAUGAUGUGGGCGACUCUAUAUUCCAUGAGUACUGGGAUCAGCAGUCGUAUGAGAAGCGGGUAUCCUAUGUUUGUGCAAGAGUUGAAAUCAAGCCAGUAAAAACUAAGAGACCUAGACUACCAGCUGGACAUAAGAAAUCUCAUCCCAAGUCAGUGUCUCACAAGUACUGUUUCCACAUCCAUGGCGAAAGUAAGCAGGUGUGCAAAUCAACAUUUCUUAACACCUUAGGUGAGACAGAUGGAUUUGUUUACCUUGCAACCAAGAAAAAGCUUAAAUCACUAUCUGGAACCGUGGCUCAGGAUAAAAGAGGGCGGCACGCUCCAAAACAUAAGCUUAAGCCCGAUGUGAUUGAUGAAGUUAAAACUCAUGUUUUGCGUUUCCCUUCAUAUAAAUCACAUUACAAGAGGAGUGAAGUGGGUGACACAAGAUACCUGCCUAGCCAUCUUGACAUCAGACAAAUGUACAACAUGUACAUUUCAGAAGGUCACAAAUAUGUUUCAUACUCAACAUAUGAAAGAAUUUUUAAUACAUUGGGACGCUCCUUUAAGAAACCUGCAACUGACACAUGCUCAAAGUGUGAUACCUGGAAUCAAAUGAUUAACACUAGAACUACCGGGAUUUUCGUAUACCUAGAUCUACCGGAGGGGUCAUUUUGACCCCUAUGUACUAUUUCGCCGUUUUAGCUGUGAUAAGACUGCGGUUUUGGGUACACAACU